GGGCGUUCCCGACAUGCCCCGCGGCGGCCGGCAACCGCCGGAUUUGAAUCUCGGCACGGCUCCGCGGCGCUGGGAUGGGCGCCCCGUCGUUGCCCGCGGCCUGGCAGCUUUACCUCAAGGACCACCGCGUCUCUACGUUCAAGAACUGGCCCUUCCUGGAGGGCUGCGCCUGCACCCCGGAACGGAUGGCCGCGGCCGGCUUCAUCCACUGCCCCACCGAGAAUGAGCCCGACUUGGCCCAGUGCUUCUUCUGUUUCAAGGAGCUGGAAGGCUGGGAGCCAGAUGACGACCCCAUAGAGGAACAUAAAAAGCAUUCGUCUGGUUGUGCUUUCCUUUCUGUCAAGAAGCAGUUUGAAGAAUUAACCCUCGGUGAAUUUUUGAAACUGGACAAAGAAAGAACCAAGAACAAAAUCGCAAAGGAGACCAACAGCAAGCAGAAGGAAUUUGAAGAAACAGCAAAGAAAGUACGCUACGCCAUCGAGCAGCUGGCCACCACGGAGUGACGCCCCCGCCGCAGUUCCGGCCCCAGGCGGACCGCGUCGCUGCCCAGGCUCGGUCCCCGCUGUCGCCGGCUUCUCUGGGCCCCGAGCAGGACCUCAGCAGAGGAAGGCGUCCGCUCUCUGAAUCAGAACACGUGAACUGCGUUUGUGCUUCUCCCUGACUGUGGCGCCGGCCGUGUCACUUCCUCUGCACCUCGCGUCACAGCUCGGGGACCGAUUCUCCCUCUCGCUUCGGGAGCUUGCGCUUGGCCGAGCCCUGGACUCGCCCGGGCGGGAGGCGGGAAGUCUGGUCUGCGGGCCGCGCCCUCCGCGGCGCCGGGGCCGGGCUUCGAGCGGACCAGCCGCCGAGCCUGAGUUCGGGUGCGUGUGGUGGGCGGGCCGUCGUCACUGGACCAGUCGAGGGUCGAGGGUGCCCUUUUUAGUUUCAUUUGUAUAAUCUAAAUUUACAGUGUGCAUCGCUUGUGUCCCCAGCCACCACGCUGGGUAUUAGCUCGCUUGGACGCCUCCCAGUCCUGCAGCCGCCCUCUUCCCUGCCAACCCUCGGAACGUGCUGUGUGUGUUAAGGGGUGUCCUCACCUGUGUGGUCAUUUUGUAGCCUCAAGGCCACAGUGGGGAACUGGUGGUACUGAGCCCCAGGCUGGCCGGGGCGCGGCACGCGGUGGUGCCCUGCCCGUGGCUGAGCGGGCGGGGCAGAGGAGGCUGGCGCCUGGGCAGAGCUGGCCUCGUGCUUGGCGGUCACAUCUCGUGGGCACGAGCCGAGGUCGCAGCGUUUUUCUAAAGCAGACAAGGAAAAGGCCUUAAUGCCAGAGGCGGCAUUUUCCGGGGCGGCUCCCUCCUUCGCCUCCUCCCCGGGGAUGGGAGGGCGCACGGUCAGCGGGCCCCUCCCUCCACAGGCGUCCUCAGACAGGGCCGCAGGGCCAGGGGACGCCGCGGAGGGGGUUCUCGUCUCCACAUGGCCGUUCCCCAUCACAUGGCCGUUUCCCAUCAGUGACAUGCGCUAGCGGCUGAUGGUUCACCUUUCUACAGGAGGCACUGGAAUAAAUUAAAACAUUAUACCGGGAAAAUCUCUUUUGGGAAAAUUUAAAAAAUGGAUAACACGUUGAUGUUGUUUGCAACCUUCGAUCAGUGAUACUUGAGUUUGAGCCUAGUGUGGACUGAGCAGGGAGCGUGGGUGGCCGCAGUGAGGCAGGCGGUCAGGGGCACCGCGUCCGGCCCGGCUCGGCGCCCUCCCGUGGGAUGCUGGCCUGUGGGCCUGGGCCCGUGCUCCUCGGCCUGGCUGCAUCUGUAACACGGGGCUGGGAACGUGGGUGGCCUCAGCCGGCUGUUCUUUUAUGGCAGAUGCAUGGCUCCAUGUGAAGCGGGGAUUGAGACAGUCCUCGCUCCUUCCUAAGGUUCUGCAACGUUUCCUUUGAAUCAUUAUUUCAUAGAAUAAGCUAGAAUUAAAAGUGAGCACACAGCCGUUCUAAGCCGUUGGGGACACCACAGUGAACGUCAGGUGGAUCCGGGAGGAAGGAAGGGAGCAGGAAACGUCAUCCGGCAGAAGCUCAUUUACGAAAUGCUGCAUGAGCAGACAGCCUGGCGCGGGCUGUGUGGCGCAGGCCGCCGGCUCCCGCCCCGAGAACGAGGCAGCGGCCUGAAUCCUUUUGAGAUGACUUGGCUCAGAGCUGUGGGGACUUGGUGGGCUGCCGCGGGUGACCUGUCAGCCCGACGGGCCCCGUCUCCGCUGCUGUGUCACCUGCUGUGCCCUGGUCCACCCCCCCGCCCCCCGCCAGGCCGGAUCCCCCAGGGCUGGGGCCUGAUGUUACGAUGGUGGACUCGAUUUCACCCUGCUUCGUCAAGUUAAGCUGCGGGUGGCUUGUUACAGUCCUGUUGGAAGCCUCUGGCAGUCAUCUGGGUUGUUUCUGAAAAAUAAAAACCAUUUCAUUUCAAACACG